CGCCGCCUCGGCUCUUUAAACGGCGCCGCUCCGCCGGCCUGCGCUGCUCGCUCGCUCGCUCAUCUUUCCCGUUUUCGCCGGUGGCUGUGGAUUUUUUCUUUUGGGUCACCAAUUGCUUUAUUUAUUUAUUUUUUCUUGUUUUCUUUAUUGUUUGAACGCCGAGGCCUUCCGCACAUGCUAGCCCUGGCUCGGUAGCGUCGUCGGCGCCGUCGUCGUCUCUGUCCCACCCCGGACGCAGCGACAUGGCCGCGCGCCUCUUCUCGCCGCCGAGCUGGGGCCGAAGCCCCGGCGCCGCCGCCUGCGGGCCCCUUUAAGCCGCAGCGGGUCUUCUAGAGGGGAGAAGAAGAGCAGGCAGAUGGCCCCCGGUCGCGUGUGACGCGACGCUCCCCCCAUUUUCUUUUUUUUGUUGUUGUUGUCGUUUCUUUUUUUUCUUUUUAUGCAUUUUUGUUUUGGACUCGCCGCGGCAUUUCGGUUCGAGCCGCUCCGUGGCGCCUCGCCUUUCUUUCGUUCCUCUUCAUUCUAUGCGCUGUAAAUGGCUUUCCAGGGGCAGGGCCACCCUUCUGUGUGUGGCAGUCUCUUCGCGGGCCCGGACCUCGGCCCCAAGUUUUUCUGCCUGCCGACCAACUCCUCCAGCGCUGCGGCCGCCGGCACGUCCGCGGGCCUGGGAGCCGCCCCGGUCUCGAGUGUGCCGGCCGUGGACGCGGGAGCACCCCGCAACCCGGCCGCGCUGGCCGGAGGAGGCCCCGGCGGCGGGGCAGCGACGGUGGUGGCGUCGGCGGCGCCGCAGCAGCCUCAGCACAUUCACCCGGGGAGCGAGGCGCCCAACGCGGCCGACCUGGAGCCUGACCGGCCCAUCGGAUACGGGGCCUUCGGAGUGGUCUGGUCAGUCACAGAUCCUCGAGAUGGAAAGCGAGUUGCCCUGAAGAAGAUGCCCAACGUCUUUCAGAACCUGGUCUCCUGCAAGAGGGUGUUCCGUGAGCUAAAAAUGCUCUGCUUCUUCAAACAUGACAAUGUCUUGUCCGCGCUGGAUAUCCUCCAGCCCCCUCAGAUUGACUGCUUUGAAGAGAUAUAUGUGAUCACUGAGUUGAUGCAAAGUGAUCUGCACAAGGUGAUUGUCUCCCCCCAGCCCCUGAGCACUGACCACAUCAAGGUGUUUCUCUAUCAGAUCCUGAGGGGUCUCAAGUACCUUCAUUCUGCUGGAAUUCUUCAUCGUGACAUCAAACCAGGGAACCUCCUUGUGAACGGCAACUGCGUGCUGAAGAUUUGUGAUUUUGGCUUGGCCCGUGUGGAAGAAAUGGAUGAAUCGAGGCACAUGACCCAAGAAGUAGUUACCCAGUACUAUCGUGCCCCAGAGAUACUCAUGGGUAGCCGCCACUAUAGCAGUGCCAUUGACAUCUGGUCUGUUGGUUGUAUUUUUGCUGAGCUGCUUGGAAGAAGAAUCCUGUUUCAAGCGCAGAGCCCAAUUCAACAGCUGGACCUUAUCACCGAUCUUCUUGGGACCCCCCCACUGUCUGCCAUGAUGUCCGCUUGUGAAGGAGCGAGAGCCCAUGUUCUCAGAGGACCUCACAAACCACCGUCGCUGUCGGUCCUCUACAUGCUCUCUGAAGGUGCCACCCAUGAGGCCGUUCACUUGCUGUGUAGAAUGCUGGUCUUUGACCCGGCCAAGCGGAUUUCAGGGCGCGAUGCACUGUCUCACCCCUACCUCGAUGAAGGACGCCUGCGCUACCACACCUGCAUGUGUCGCUGUUGUUUCUCGGUGGCUUCAGGCCGGGUCUACACUCGUGAGUUUGAACCCAAUGCCAACGGAAGGUUUGAUGACCAGUAUGAGAGGAAUCUGUCGUCUGUGUGGCAGGUCAAAGAGCUCAUUCAUCGCUUCAUAACGGAGCAGCAGCAGGGGAAGAGGGUACCGCUGUGUAUCAACCCACAGAGUGCUGCAUUUAAAACCUUCAUCAGGUCGACGGCGUGGCAUUCAUCAAAAGUCUCCAAGAAGGAAGAGAGAUGAUAGCGAAGGGCGCAGGGCGAUGGCCGGGGGACGUCAUCGGGGAGUCCAGCUCUGGACGUCUGACCUGCACAAGUUGGCUGGCUGGGUGGCUGGGUGGGUAGUUUUAAGGGGGUUGGCGCUCGAAGAUUGGAAACUGCUGCUGCCGUACAAGUGAAGUGUAGCUGAAACCCCCCCGUUGUUCUUGCCCCGCCCCGCCAUCCUCGAUCACCGCCUGGCACCUCUUGGUGCAGCCUGUCUCUCUCCCUGGCACAUGUGAGUAAGGCAUCCGCUUUUUUUAUUUUCCUCCUCCUCCUCCUCCUUGCACACAGAAGGCCCUCUUCCCUGUAGUUGACUCGUGUUAGUCACGGUGGUGGGGGGUUUCUGUCCCCAGGUUUUUCUUUCUUUUUGUGGAGUGCAGGGAGGGAGCCUUUUGCUGAAGGUGUUUUUUGUUUUGUUUUUUUGUACCUUUUUGUCGAUACUUGAAUUUUCUAGACACUGGAUAAGGUGAUCAAGUGUGGAUGUGCACGAGUGCGUUUGCUCCUCGCUUUUAGAGACUACAAAAAGCACCAAG